CGGGGAGCUGCGGCGGAGGCUCGCGCGGGCGCGCACGGCGGCCCCCCAGGCCCCGGAGAACGGCGGCCGGCGCACCGGCGGAGCGGGCGCCUCGUGCACUGCAGAAAUCAGAUUAAAGGAUUUACCUGAAGACAAAGCAUUCUGUUCAUCAGAGACUGGACAAGAGUUACUCUUGCUUUUGGCAAUUAAAGAUGAUGUUGUCAUGGAAACACUUGAUCCUGCUUUCAUUCAUUGGCUGCCUAGGAGGUGAUCUUCUCUUACAAGGUCCAGUGUUCAUCAGAGAGCCCAGCAACAGCAUUUUCCCUGUUGGUUCAGAGGAUAAAAAAAUAACUUUAAAUUGUGAGGCGAGAGGCAACCCUUCACCUCAUUACAGAUGGCAGCUGAAUGGAAGUGAUAUUAAUCCGAGUAUGGAAUAUCGCUAUAAGUUGAACGGAGGAAAUCUUGUCGUUAUUAACCCAAACAGAAACUGGGAUACGGGAAGUUACCAGUGUUUUGCGACAAAUUCACUUGGGACAAUUGUCAGCAGAGAAGCUAAACUCCAGUUUGCAUAUCUUGAAAAUUUUAAAACCAAAAUGAGAAGUACAGUGUCUGUGCGUGAAGGCCAGGGAGUCGUCCUGCUCUGUGGCCCGCCGCCACACUCCGGAGAACUAUCAUAUGCUUGGAUCUUCAAUGAAUAUCCAUCAUUUGUUGAAGAAGACAGUCGGAGAUUUGUCUCUCAAGAAACAGGCCACCUGUAUAUUGCCAAGGUGGAACCAUCCGAUGUGGGUAAUUACACGUGUGUGGUGACCAGUACGGUGACGAACACCAGAGUGCUGGGCUCCCCAACUCCUUUGGUGCUACGUUCUGACGGUGUGAUGGGUGAAUAUGAACCAAAAAUAGAAGUGCAGUUUCCAGAAACUCUUCCAGUGGCUAAAGGUGCAACUGUGAAAUUGGAAUGUUUUGCUCUUGGAAAUCCUGUACCUCAGAUUAAUUGGAGGAGAAGUGAUGGACUGCCCUUUUCCAGUAAAAUUAAACUGAGGAAAUUCAAUGGUGUGCUUGAAAUCCCCAACUUCCAACAGGAAGAUGCCGGUUCCUAUGAAUGCGUUGCUGAGAAUUCACGAGGAAGAAAUGUCGCCAGAGGGCGUCUCACUUACUAUGCAAAGCCUCAUUGGGUUCAGCUCAUAAGAGAUGUAGAAAUAGCAGUGGAGGACAAUCUUUUUUGGGAAUGCCGGGCAAGUGGUAAGCCCAAACCUUCCUACCGAUGGUUGAAAAAUGGAGAAGCCCUUGUGCUCGAGGAGAGAAUACAGAUAGAAAAUGGUGCCCUUACAAUAUCCAACCUAAAUGUGACUGAUUCUGGCAUGUUCCAGUGCAUAGCAGAAAACAAACAUGGGCUCAUCUAUUCCAGUGCUGAACUUAAGGUUAUAGCUUCUGCUCCCGAUUUUUCAAAGACUCCAAUGAAAAAGUUGCUUCAAGUGCAAGUGGGCAGCAUGGUCAGCUUGGAUUGUAAACCUAGAGCCUCUCCCAAAGCACUCCGUUCAUGGAAGAGAGGAGAUGUGAUCGUGCAGGAGAAUGAAAGAAUUUCUUUUUUAAAAGACGGAGGACUUCAAAUAGUCAAUGUGACUAAAGCUGACGUUGGAACUUAUACCUGCAUAGCAGAAAACCAGUUUGGGAAAGCAAAUGGCACAACGCGCUUGGUUGUUACUGAACCAACGAGAAUAACUUUGGCACCAUCCAACAUGGAUGUCUCUGUUGGCGAAAGUGUCAUUUUGCCGUGCCAAGUGCAACAUGAUCCCUUGCUAGACAUCAUGUUUACCUGGUAUUUCAAUGGAGCCCUCACAGAUUUUAAGAAAGAUGGAUCUCACUUUGAGAAAGUUGGUGGGAGUUCAUCUGGAGAUUUAAUGAUCAGAAACAUUCAGCUGAAACACAGUGGAAAAUAUGUGUGUAUGGUGCAGACGGGGGUGGACAGUGUUUCAUCUGCCGCCGACCUCAUAGUAAGAGGUUCACCUGGACCACCAGAAAAUGUGAAGGUAGAUGAAAUUACAGAUACAACAGCCCAACUCUCUUGGAAAGAAGGUACAGAUAACCAUAGCCCAGUUAUAUCCUAUUCUGUCCAGGCGAGGACCCCUUUCUCCGUGGGUUGGCAAACUGCCACAACAGUGCCUGAAAUCAUUGAUGGGAAAACACACACAGCUACUGUAGUCGAGUUAAAUCCAUGGGUGGAAUAUGAAUUUCGGGUUGUAGCCAGCAACAAAAUUGGAGGUGGAGAACCCAGUUUGCCCUCAGAAAAAGUAAGAACUGAAGAGGCAGUUCCAGAAGUGCCUCCUUCAGAAGUCAGUGGAGGAGGUGGGAGCCGGUCUGAGUUGGUGAUAACCUGGGAUCCAGUCCCCGAAGAACUGCAGAAUGGUGAAGGUUUUGGUUAUGUUGUUGCUUUCCGUCCCCUUGGAGUUACCAACUGGAUCCAGACAGUGGUUACAUCUCCUGAUACCCCAAGAUAUGUCUUUAGGAAUGAAAGCAUCGUGCCAUUUUCACUGUAUGAAGUUAAAGUGGGUGUUUAUAAUAACAAAGGCGAAGGACCAUUUAGCCCGGUGACAACUGUGUUCUCUGCAGAAGAAGAGCCUACAAUAGCUCCAUCUCAAGUGUCUGCAAAUAGCCUGUCUUCCUCAGAAAUUGAAGUGUCAUGGAACACCAUUCCUUGGAAGUUAAGCAAUGGACAUUUACUUGGCUAUGAGGUGCGGUACUGGAAUAAUGGAGAAGAGGAAUCGUCGAGCAAAGUGAAAGUGGCGGGAAACGAGACGUCAGCCAGACUCUGUGGCUUGAAGAGUAAUGUGGCAUAUUACACAGCUGUCCGGGCUUACAACAGUGCUGGUGCUGGUCCCUUUAGCGCCACGGUGAAUGCAACCACAAAGAAAACUCCUCCCAGUCAGCCACCAGGAAAUGUUGUUUGGAAUGCUACAGACACGAAAGUGUUACUUAAUUGGGAACAAGUUAAAGCAAUGGAGAAUGAAUCAGAAGUAACGGGAUAUAAAGUUUUCUAUAGGACUAGCAGUCAAAACAGUGUACAAGUGCUGAACACAAAUAAGACUUCAGCAGAACUUUUGUUGCCCAUUAAAGAGGACUACAUUAUUGAAGUCAAGGCCACAACAGACGGAGGAGAUGGAACCAGUAGCGAACAGAUCAGGAUCCCAAGAAUAACCAAUAUGGACGCAAGAGGUUCGACUUCAGCCAUCUCACAUGUCCACGCUGUGUCCAGUUAUGUACCUGUAGUAUUGUUCUUCAUUGUAAAUGCCCUGUGGCGGUACUAACUUUUUUUUUUAAUUGUUUACUAGAAAGUUAAUUGGUUACAAAAAAAAGUGCUUUCAUGAAAUGCAGUGAUUAUGCAUGUUUUUUUUUCAACUCUGUAUUUUUAACUUUCUAUAGGUAAAAUAUGAAUAUAAUAAAAAAAAACAGUAAAUCCUUUUAGGGGAAUCUGAAAUGCCUUAAUAUUUACUUGAUACACCAAAGGAAUUUACAUAUUAACUACAUUAGACUUUUGAUAAAGAUAUUCGUAAGCUAUGAUUUUGAGCACUGCCUUUCGAUAGACUCACAUGCUCUCAUGUGUAUACACACACAUAUGCCCACACACGUUUGUUGUUUGUUUGUUUGUUUAAUGUGGAAAAACUCAUUUAAUCCAAAUGUUAUUUCCCCGUUAUAACAGCAUUGGUUGGAAGACUUGAUCAGUACUAUUCUGAAAUGCUCAUUUGAAAUACUCAAGAGUGAAAAUACAUUUUAAAAAUUACCUUGCUUGGAAGAGGGUGCAUGUGACUCACAAGAAUGUUGAAAAAUGCUACACCAGAGGCGGAAACGGUGCUGUUUUGUUUACGUCUAACAAAGUUGUGAGAUUCUUGCUCUCUCUAGUUCUCAAUUUUUCAUCUAUAAAAUGUGGAAAUAAUGCCCAGUGUACCUGCCUGUGCCCCAUAAAUUAUUUGUUAAGAGAUACAGAAGGACAUGUGAAAGUGUUUUUGCUACCCCUCAUAUUUUGGGUCUGUGCAAAAUAUUAAUAGGAAUUUACCUAACUAUAUAAAAGAAGAACCAGCCGCUUCUUUAAGUUUGCAUUCCGUUAUGGGUAAUGCUUUCUUUUUUUGUUCACCGAUAUUUUAAAAUUGAAAUGUUCACAUUUUAUUAUUUCUCAAAUAUUAAAAAAAAAUAUUAGAAAGUAAUUGUUUCCUUCACAUCUAUGGACAAGCUUUCAGGUUUUAUUAAAACACAGUGGAGAAAAUAAGGAAUGACCUGAAUCUCAACUCAGAUAUUAAACAAAAUUCACACAAUUCUUCAUUUCCAAUUUCUGAUUCCAUUAAGAGGCCCUCUCUUUUUUGGAUGGUGGAGAUGGUUUUUUAAUGAAAUCCAACCGUCUAUCAGAGUGAGUCUGGCAGGCUUUUUAGUUCCUGAGUUAAAUUUGUAAUAGAACCAUGGCAAUGCUGCUGACUUUGAUAUGUAUGACUCAGUCUUUCAAUAUGUGGUUUUCAAAAGAUUGUUGAAGACAUGACUUCAUAGCAAUAUGUAAAGAAUAUAUGAAAAUCGACAGAUUGAGUGUUAGACAUUGGAAAAUCAUUUUUUUACUUCUUUCCUACAAUGUCACAUUUUGCAGGAACUCGUUCUUCUUUACAGAUAUAUCAGAAUUUGACCACAGUUCAGCUAUCAAAAAAGAAUAAAAAUUAGCAAAAUUCUGGUAUCAUCAUGAAGUGUUACUUUAUGUUUAAAGAUUACAUUUAAGAUUAAAGUCAUUAUACACAAAGGAGAAAAAUAUUUAUAACUUUCUUUGCAAGGUCUGUAUAUACUGUAUAUAUCUAGAAAAAAUCUGAAUGACUUAGUAGAUUUCAUAUGACCAUUGUUAUUUCCAGUCAAAAAGUGGGGAAACGCUUUCUCCAAUACCUGAAUUUUAUGCUACAUGUAAUGGAGUUGUACCUUUUUAUUAUUUAGUAAUUCCUAUAAUAUGUUCCUACACUUUCCAUUUUCAAAAUGAUUAUUGUUUCUUGGCAUUUGUAGCAAUAUAUCUCCAUGAGAUAUGUACUUUGUUUCAUAUUGAAAAGUAUAAGAUUUAUCUUUAAAUUCUGUGUGUGUAUCCUAUGGUUAUCUGUAUGUAUUAUUUUCUAUUAUUCAAAUAAAAUUUAUAACAAUCAA